AUGAUUUUGCGUCUCCGGAAACUAAUUUCUUUAAGUUUAGAGGGAUGUGAGCUCUCACAGGUCGUGUAUCCAUAUUCUUCUUCAUUUCUCAACUCUUCUUCAUCUAUUGAUACCCUUAUUCUCAAUAACAACAAUCUGACCUCAUCCAUGUAUCGUUCGUUGUUCCCAUUAACAAGAAAUAAGCUUCGCAUUCUUGAUCUCUCUGGGAACAUAUUAGAUGGGAUUCCCAAAUAUCUUGGUAACCUCUGUAAUUUGGAACGUUUGUAUUUCUAUAACAACUCUGCUGUUGUCAAUUUUCCUGAUUUUCUAAACAACUUGUUUGGAUGCACAUCGCUUACAUUACAAGGGUUGCUUGUUGGACAUAACCGAUUGAUAGGGAAACUCUCCAAUGAGACCUUAAGAUUUCAAAAUCUUUCCCUUCUUGGUAUGAAAUCUUGCAAUCUAGGGCCUCACUUCCCAGAUGGAUUCAAACUCUGA